ACCAAACCGAACACAGGCCUAAUGCGGCUACAAACUCGUGUAACAAAAGUAUAACCUACGGGAAAGGGUUUAUAUAUUCAUCCGCUGGCUUCCUCCAUUUCCCUUAAACCCUAUAGAAAAAACCGCACUUCGAUUUCCUUUGAUCAUGGGGGUUAUAGAAGACUCUGCUAUGCCGCACGAUAGUCUUCCAAGUACCGCCGGAGUUGACAAGCAAUUCCUUGCCGCUCCGGUGAAGUCUGCCGUCGAUAAGUUCCAGCUACUUCCUGAAUUCCUCAAGGUCAGAGGUUUGGUGAAGCAGCAUUUGGACUCUUUUAAUUAUUUUGUUAGAACUGAAAUAAAGAAGAUUGUUCAUGCAAACAGCCUUGUGACAUCUAGACAUGAUCCUAUGGUUUACAUCAGAUACACGGAUGUAUGGGUUGGGAGGCCUUCUGAAGUUGUCGAUGGAGUGACUGACACACUGACUCCUCAAAAGUGCCGGCUAGGUGACAAAACGUAUUCUGCUCCAAUAUUUGUGAAUAUCGAGUAUUGCAAUGGUAGCGAUUCUCGUAUGAUGAUGAAGAAGGAAGUUGUUAUCGGAAGGAUGCCUAUUAUGUUAAGGAGCCUUUCUUGUGUCCUUCAUGGCAAGGAUGAAGACGAAUUGGCAAAACUUGGUGAAUGCCCACUUGACCCAGGUGGAUAUUUUGUUGUAAAAGGAAAUGAAAAGGUGAUAUUAAUUCAGGAACAGCUUUCAAAGAACAGGAUAAUUAUAGACUCAGAUAAGAAGGGAUGCAUCCAGGCAUCUGUCAUGAGCAGCACAGCUAUGACAAAAAGUAAAACGAUUAUAAAAAUGGAGAAAGAGAAAAUAUAUUUGGUUUUGAAUGCAUUUACUUCCAAGGUUCCUAUUAUGUUGGUGAUGAAAGCGAUGGGUAUGGAAACUGAUCAGGAAGUUGUGCAGAUGCUUGGUAGAGAUCCUCAGUAUGCUUCUCUGCUUCUGCCAUCUAUUGAGGAUUGUGCAAGUAUUGGAGUAUAUACGCAACAACAAGCUUUGGAUUUUCUUGAAAAGAAGCGUAAGAAGUCAAUGUCGAGGUCUGGUAAGGAUGAGGGAGCUUUGGGUGUUCUUCGGCAAAUUUUUAUUCCCAAUAUUCCGGUUCAAGAAAACAAUUUUUAUUUAAAAUGCGUAUAUGUUGUGGUGAUGUUGAGACGCAUGAUGGAUGCAAUUUUAAAUGAAGAUGCAAUGGAUGACAAAGAUUAUGUAGGCAAUAAACGACUGGAGCUUUCAGGGCAAUUGUUAGCUCUACUAUUUGAGGACUUGUUUAAGUCAAUGAAUGACACGAUAAAGUUGUCUGUUGAUAAGAUCCUGGCAAAGACCAGUCGUUCUAGCAGGUUUGAUAUAUCACAGCAUAUAUUGAAAGAUAAUAUUACUAGUGGCUUGGAGCGUAGCCUCUCUACUGGAAAUUGGGAUGUUAGUCGAUUUAAGAUGCACAGGAAAGGCAUUACUCAGAUUGUUACAAGACUGUCUUUCAUUGGAGCAUUUGGUUCCAUGACAAAGAUUUCACCGCAAUUUGAAAAGUCAAGGAAAGUUAGUGGGCCUAGGGCCUUACAACCUAGCCAAUGGGGCAUGCUUUGCCCAUGUGACACUCCUGAAGGUGAAGCUUGUGGACUGGUGAAAAAUCUGGCUCUGAUGACACACGUUACAACUGAUGAAGAGGAAGGCCCUAUUAUUUCUAUGUGUUACUGUUUGGGAGUAGAGGACUUGUCUCAACUUUCUGGUGAAGAACUUCAUUCUCCAAAUUCGUUUCUCGUCAUAUUAAAUGGACUUAUUUUGGGCAAGCAUAGGAUGCCACAGCUGUUUGCAAAUGGAAUGAGAAAGCUGCGUAGGGCGGGCAAAGUAGGUGAUUUUGUAAGCAUAUAUGUUCAUGAGAAACAACGUUGCGUUUAUAUUGCUUCAGAUGGUGGUCGUGUUUGCCGGCCACUUGUAAUUGCUGACAAUGGUGUAUCAAGAAUUAAGCAUCAUCACAUGAAAGAGUUGAAAGAUGGAGUUCGCAAUUUUGACAGUUUUUUACGAGAUGGACUGUUAGAAUAUCUUGACGUCAAUGAAGAGAACAAUGCCCUGAUUGCUCUAUAUGAAGGAGAGGCUACUAGUGAGACCACUCAUAUUGAAAUAGAACCUUUCACAAUCUUAGGUGCUUGUGCUGGACUGAUUCCUUUCCCUCACCAUAAUCAAUCCCCAAGAAAUACUUAUCAGUGUGCUAUGGGAAAGCAAGCAAUGGGUAAUAUUGCAUAUAACCAACUAUGCCGGAUGGAUACGUUGAUAUAUCUUUUGGUUUAUCCUCAACGGCCAUUAUUAACAACAAGAACAAUUGAGCUGGUUGGUUAUGAUAAGCUUGGAGCUGGUCAAAAUGCAACUGUUGCAGUUAUGAGUUACAGUGGUUACGAUAUUGAGGAUGCCAUAGUCAUGAAUAAAUCAUCACUGGAUCGUGGCUUUGGUCGCUGUAUCGUAAUGAAAAAGAUGUCAGCUUCGUAUCAGAAGUAUGACCAUGUAUGUGACCAGAUUGUUUCGCCUCGCAAAUCCCACCAUGAUCCAGAGAAGAUUCAGAUUUUGGAUAAUGAUGGACUUGCUUCUCCUGGUGAAAUAAUAAGACAUCAAGAUAUUUAUCUCCAGAAAGAGGUCCCUGUGGAUCCGAAGGCCAAGUCACAUCCAUCACAAACUCAAUAUAGAACAAGUAAACAAACUUACAAAGGUGCAGAAGGGGAGCCUGCUGUUGUGGAUAGAGUGGCUUUAUGCUCUGAUAAGAAACAAAAUUUAACUGUGAAAUUCAUGAUUCGCCAGACUCGUAGGCCCGAGGUUGGUGACAAAUUUAGUAGCAGACAUGGUCAGAAAGGUGUUUGUGGGACCAUUGUCCAACAAGAAGAUUUUCCUUUCUCUGAGCGUGGUAUAUGCCCUGAUUUGAUUAUGAAUCCUCAUGGAUUUCCAAGUCGAAUGACUGUUGGGAAGAUGAUAGAGCUUCUUGGAAGUAAGGCUGGUGUUUCAUGUGGCAAGUUUCAUUAUGGCAGUGCAUUUGGGGAACCGAGUGGUCAUGCAGACAAAGUUGAAGACAUAAGUGAAACCCUUGUGAAGCAUGGCUUUUGCUACAACGGGAAGGAUAUCCUAUAUUCAGGUAUCACUGGUACGCCACUACAAGCAUAUAUAUUCAUGGGGCCGAUAUAUUACCAGAAACUAAAGCACAUGGUCCUUGAUAAGAUGCACGCUAGAGGAAUGGGCCCUCGCCAACUCAUAACUAGACAGCCCACAGAAGGGAGAAGCAGAAAUGGAGGUCUGCGAGUGGGUGAAAUGGAACGGGAUUGUUUAAUUGCUUACGGAACAAGUAAUCUGAUUUAUGAGCGUUUAAUGAUCUCUAGCGAUCCUUUUACAGUUCAGGUUUGUAGAAAGUGUGGUUUACUAGGAUACAUAAAUUAUCAAACGAAAACUAGGACCUGCUCUACAUGCAAGAACGGAGAUAAUAUAUCAGCCAUGAAACUACCAUAUGCAUGCAAGCUUUUAUUCCAGGAACUGCAGUCAAUGAAUAUAGUUCCACGUUUGCAGUUGGCUGAUUCUUGAUAAUCUUUAUGGUCGUCACGAGGUGUGAGAUGUUAACCGUUCCAUCACUUUGUUUGUUAGCCGUGAAGAGAGGAUGGCGGCAUGCUUUACAACCAGAAUGACCAGAUUAUGUUCACUACCUUGUAAUUUAGUUUUUGUUUCCCUCAGGCCAAGUUUUAUGGUUUAACACCCAUCACCACAUCAGCUCUAUAGGGCGUGAAAUGCCCCCAUGGGCGUGAGUGGGGGAGUGAAGGGCUCUGAGUGUGGUCACGAACGUUGGUCUGGUAUGUGUGGAUAUGUCUGGAUUUAGUGCAAUUGUCAGUCAAAACGCCGCCUCGUGGCCAAGGGCAACUAGCUUCAUUUUACACAUUUUCGUUUUACAAAAUUACUUCUUAUUACACAUUUUCUUCCAUAUAUAUUUUACAUCACAUUUUCAUUUUACAAAA